AUGCCUGAACCAGCUAAGAACGCGCCCAAGAAGGGAUCCAGGAAAGCCGUGACCAAGACGGCGGGUAAAGGCGGCAAGAAGCGCAGAAAGACCAGGAAAGAGAGUUACGCCAUCUACGUGUACAAAGUCCUGAAGCAGGUGCACCCUGAUACCGGUAUCUCCUCUAAGGCCAUGGGCAUCAUGAACUCGUUCGUCAACGACAUUUUUGAGCGCAUCGCCGGUGAGUCUUCUCGUCUGGCUCACUACAACAAGCGCUCCACCAUCAGCUCUAGGGAGAUCCAGACUGGCGUGCGUCUGUUGCUUCCCAGAGAGUUGGCCAAGCACGCCGUGUCUGAGGGCACAAAGGCCGUCACCAAGUACACCAGCUCCAAGUAA